AUGCCCACUAAGCGAGCCUCCUCCAGCGCCGGUGCCGGUGCGCCGGCCUCCGGCUCGCUCGAUGCCUUGCGGCAAAGCCUCGUCGAGGCGCCCACCUUCACCCCGACCGCCGCAGAGUUUGAGAAUCCGCUCCGCUACCUCCUCUCGAUCCGCGAGGAGGCGGAGAAGUUUGGGAUCUGCGCGAUCCAGCCGCCUCCGAGCUGGAAGCCGCCCUUCAUGCUCGACCUCAACAAGCUCCGCUUCCCGACGCGCGUCCAGAAGAUCAACGAGCUGCUCGUGCGGAAGGUCCAGCGGCUCAAGUUCAUGAAGGCGCUCACCGGGUUUUGCGACGGGCGCGGCACGCCGCUCAAAAAGAUCCCCGACGUCUCGGGCAGGGCGGUCGACCUGCACCUCCUCUACACCCUCGUGCGCAAGCGCGGUGGCUUCGAGCAGACUUGCGCCGCCCGAAGGUGGUCCGAGGUGGCCGAGCAGAUGAACAUGCACCACGCGGCGAGGUCGCACCUGGCGCAGGCGCUCAAGAAGCACUACCACGCGCUCCUGCUCCCCUUUGAGCGCUGCGAGGCGGGCCUCGACCCGCCGCCUGCGCCAAAGCCCUCUCGUGGGCUAAAGUACUCUCUGCCCGCGGUGGGGGAAGUUGUCCAGCUGACCGGGCCCAAGGGGGUGCAGCGCUCGAACGCGGACGUCGAGGAGGUGAUCGCCUACGAGCCGCCCGCCCCUGGCGAGGAGCUCUGCGAGGUGUGCGGCGGCGGGGAGCACAAUGACCAGAUGCUGCUCUGCGACCGGUUCUGGAACAUCGUCACGACCCCGGACCAGGUGCCGUCGCAGGGAUAG